UAGCUGGCCACUCGUUAUUAUUCGUCUUCUCUCAAAAAUAAUUUAUUUUAUUUAUUUGUUUGGUUUUUUUUUUUUUUGCUCCAACGGGUUCUCUGAAACUUAAGAAACUCGGAACAGAGAAUCCGGAUGCUUUUCUCAGAUUCUUCUACUCUCUCCUAAUUUUACCGAUUUUCUCGAGAAAACCCCAAAAAAAAAACCCUUUUUUCGAUCUGAAGUCAAUUCAGAUUCUUCAGAAUUUGGAAGAUCAAAGAAGAAGAAGAGAGAGAGAGAGAGAGUUGUUGAUCUUGGGUUUUUGUUAGUUGGAUCAGAAAGGGUCUCUGCUUUGAUCUUUGUACAACACGUGGCGUAAUGGGUCGGAUGACUUUGGAGUUGUGUUGUUGUUGAUGAUGUUCCAAGUCCCAGAUUUCUUAACAAAGAUCUUCAGAUCCGUUUAAUUUAGAGGAGGAAGUGAAAAAGAUGAUGAAGAUGAUGAGAAACAAACCGACAAAUCUUCCUGCUGCGGCGGCGGCGGCGACGGCGACUAAUGGAAACAGAGGUUCCGGUGGCGGCGGCAGGGAGUCAGGCGGUCAUGAUUGGGAAAUGAGACCUGGUGGUAUGUUGGUUCAGAAACGCAACCCUGAUUUGGAUCCUGUUGGACCUCCUCCACCGCCUAUGAUCAGAGUUAGGAUCAAGUACGGUUCUGUUUACCAUGAGAUCAGUAUCAGUCCUCAAGCUUCAUUUGGGGAGCUAAAGAAGAUGUUGAGUGGACCAACAGGUAUACAUCAUCAAGAUCAGAAGCUAAUGUAUAAAGAUAAAGAGAGGGAUUCAAAGGCGUUUCUUGAUGUUUCUGGAGUUAAAGAUAAAUCCAAGAUGGUACUUACCGAAGACCCUAUUAGCCAAGAGAAACGGUUUUUGGAGAUGAGGAAGAUUGCCAAAACCGAAAAGGCGUCUAAAGCGAUUUCUGAUAUUAGCCUUGAAGUUGAUAGGCUCGGCGGACGGGUUUCGGCGUUUGAGAUGGUUACUAAGAAAGGAGGAAAGAUUGCGGAGAAAGAUCUUGUAACGGUGAUUGAAUUGUUGAUGAAUGAGUUGAUUAAGUUGGAUGGGAUUGUAGCUGAAGGAGAUGUCAAGUUACAAAGAAAGAUGCAGGUGAAGAGAGUGCAGAAUUAUGUCGAAACACUCGAUGUCUUGAAGGUGAAAAUGGCUAAUGGACAGCAGAAACAGCAGAGACUUGCACCGAUUCAAGAACAUAACAACGAAGAGAGGAAAGAAGAGAAACCGAUACAAUCGCUAAUGGAUAUGCCAAUACAAUACAAAGAGAAGAAACAAGAGAUACAAGAAGAGCCAAGGAACUCAGCAGGGUCAGGACCAUUUGUGUUAGAUACUAAAUGGGAAACAUUUGAUCAUCAACCAAAUACACCAUUGAGCUCGACUACUGCAAAUACUCACACAGUCCCGCCCAGGUUCAAUUGGGAAUUCUUUGAUUGAAAAAAAAAAAAAAGAUUUCACAUUUUGUGAAAAAACCUUUUUUUUCUUUCUUUUUCACUUGUAUGCUUAUAAUUCUUGUGUGGAAGUGUUUGUUUCUUUUUCUUUUUUUCAGGCUUCUUCUUCUUCUUCUUCUUGAUCAUGAUUAUGAUUCUUUUGAUGUACUUAGAUUUUUGUGUGGCGUUUGUUUAUCGUUCUGGGAAAAUAAACAGAGACGCUACAGAGAAAGUGAUUAUGAAAAAAAAAAAGAAAAAUCUGAGAGUUUAUGUGUGUUUCUCCCCUUUCCUUCUUCUA